AAUAUUAUAUAUAGUAAUGAACUUAAUCAUCGCCUUAAAGAUUCAAUUUUGGUUUUUAUCAAACUAUUCGCUAAAUCACCUGAUAUUGGUGCAAUAAAUGUAAUAUACCCUGCAUUAGACCCGAAUAUUGAUGAAGGUGGAAAGUAUUUUGAGGAAUGUGAAGAAGCAAAACCAAUCGAUCAGGCAUUAGACAAAGAUUUGGCUAAAAAGUUUUGGGAAAAGAGUGAGGAAUUAUUAAAUAAUUAUGAUGCCAGUCUUUUAUAA